AUGGCGGAUCUUGCAGUGACGUAUCAAAUGAUGAGGAAAUCAUUAGAUGCCGAGAUCCUAGCAGCCCGGUCUGUUCGUCUGAUGGAAGAGACCAUAGGCAAAGACCAUCCGCACACACUUAGCGCAAUGGCCAAUCUGAGCCUUAUAUACCAGUCGCAAAGCAAGUGGGAGGUCGCCGGUGGAAUGGCCGAAACGUUACAUUCUCGCAGGGAAAAGGCAUUUGGAACGGACCACCCAGAUACAGUUGCGGCGCUGGAGGAUUUGAGAAGAGUAGCAUGGGUAGAGGCGGCGGAUCAGAAUGCACGGCGUACGUUGAAUUAG